AGCUGAUGACGAAAUCAGGUCAGAGAAGCACAACUUAAUUGGGUACGCGGCAUAUAAAAAUCUAACGAAAACAAAGCUUUGGACGGUUGGACCGUGCCUGCACGACUGUACCUGUGCGUAUCCCCUUCAAGGCGGCUCGCGAGAGUUCGACCGUUUCAAUACCCGAUCCACGAUCCUUCACCAAUAAGGCUGCUUCGCUUCAUCCUGCCCUUUUGCUUUGACGACACCAAAAGAGAAAAUUCAUCGCUCCAAGAUACCACCUGAUCUCCUAUUCGCCGUGAUCAUCUGGCAUAAAAGUUGGGUCUUCGUUUCAUAGGACCAGCGCGAGUGGUAUGGUUGGUUGAUUCUGUCUAGCUUGGCGGCAGCCUGCAGGGUUCUUUUUGGAGGGGAAGCCUGCAGGGCUCUCGAUCGGAGAACAUGUUUUCUUUCAGGUCCAGGUCAUCCUCCUAUCGCAACAACGUCCCCAACUCAGGCUUCUUGGACGAAUCAGACAUGCAGGAGCAAUUGAACAGACUGCGGGAGGAGCUGAGGAAGGAGAAAGAGGAGAAGGCGCAAGCCCUAGAUGAAAUCGAAGAGCUCAGGAAGACGAACACGAAUAGGAACAAGAAGCUGAAAAGCAAUGGGGCCGAAGGGCAGUUGGACCUUACAGACAGAUUACAGCAGUUGGAAGGUGAACUGGAGGCUGCAAAAGAUUCAGAGAAGAAGAUGCUGCUGUCGUUGGAGGUCCAAACAAAGCAGCUUGAGCAGACCAAAGUAUCUCUGGAGGAGACCAAGCUUGAGAUAGCUUCACUCAGAGACAGCAGCAAGAGUUUAGAAGCCUUUAAUACCGGUAGGCAGCCAGUGAAGAAUUUGAGGAGAAGGGGCGUGAUGUCCUUCUCAUUUGCUGAUCCGGGCGAAGUGGAGACAUGGUCACUACAGCGUGAGCUCAAGCUGGCAGUGGAAUCUGAGGAGAAGUGCAAGAAGGCCAUGGAUGACCUGGCCAUAGCCUUGAAAGAGCAAACCACAGAGGCCAGAGAGGCAAAAGGGAAGCUUUUGUUGGCACAAGCUGAGUUGAAUAAUGCAAGGACUGAAGUGGAGAACUUGAAAGCCUCGUUAGAAAAUGCAGAGGACAAGCUCCAGUUGGCACUGGAAGAGGCAGGGCGACUAAAGGUUGAGUCAGAUGAAUUGGCAGCGGCGUCAAAAGAGAAAGAGAGGGGACUCGUUGAUUGCAUCAAGAUGUUUGAGGGUGAGCUAAGUAAUGGAAAGGAAGAGAAUGAGAAGUUGAUUGAAUCACAGAGGGUGGUCAGAGAUGAGAACUCUAGGCUGAGGGAAAUGCUGAAGCAUGCUGUGGGUGAAGCUAAUGUAGCAAGGGAAUCAUUGGAAAUUGCCAGGGUGGAGAACUCUCGCCUUAAUGAAAAGAUAUUUGAGAAAGAGAGUGCCUUACAGAGUAUCAAGCAAGAAUAUGAAUCCCUCAAGAUCAGUGAGGCAGCAGCACAGAGUAGUAUUAAAGAGUUGAAGGAUAUGGUUGAUGCUAUGUUCAGUUCAGAAUCGACCAAAACCUCAGCAGAAGCAUCUCCUCGGGAUGCCAAGGGGGGUGAGAUGAAAGAAAGUUCAGUGGCAGCAGAUGAUGUGUAUUCUCAUGUCGAAAGAUCUACUCGUCUGGAGGACAUCAAGAAUCCUGGAAAGCAGAAAAAGAAAACUAUUCUCAGAAAGUUUAGUGAAGUAAUGAAGAAAAGAAACUCUCAAAAUGCAAUCUAGUAUUAUAAAAGCAGUAUAGGUUUCAUUUUGUUUGUUCAAAGCCCUUGAGCACAGGACAUCUGGAAUGCCAAAGAUUUCUCGAUGAAAAGCUAUCUGGAGUGACCUUUUGUUUCACUUCUUGUCACAAAUUUAAUGUACAGAGAAUAGAAAAUGAAAGUGGAAUAGCUUCCAAUAGUCCUUUAUAUCUUGAUGUGCAAUAUGUAACUAAGUAGCCCACAUAUUGAAAUUAUAGUAUACCUAAACUACUUUAUCAUUCAGGGGGAUACUUGUAUAGAUAACAAAGAGAUUGAAAGAAAUUUUGCAAAAGUUAAUUAUUAA